AGUUCCGCGAUAAGUAUCUGGCAUUCCUUAUUUCCUUGACAGUCAAAGUAAAAGAUAAACUGAAUUUGUUAUCUAUUGUUGCGUGAGACAAAUAUUUACCAUGGAGAACCUUAAAAACAUAUGGAAACCGGAAUUGUAUCGCAUACAAAUGGAAGCUCCUACACCUAAAAGGGUUGUCUGUGAAGAUUGCCUCGACAGGCCAGAGUUCUAUGGAAAAGAAUAUCAUGGAAUAAUGGGACAUAAAGAAGCCGCACAUUUGCUUGAAAACGAGCCCAAUGGUGCCUUUUUAAUUAGAAAAGGUAAUGAGAUUAAUGAUUUCUACACGCUGACUUGGAGAUUCAACAACCGAAUACACCACUACAAACUCUACUAUGAUGGCACACACUAUAUAAAAGACAAGCAGUAUGAUACUAUCUACGAUCUGGUGGCUGAUGGUCUAAUCACCUGUCACAUGGAGUUGAAAGCCCAUCAUAUACUGGAGAUGAUCAAUUCACGGACAAAUUAUACUGAUAGUCCAUAUGUUACACUAAAUAGGAGGAAACUUAAUACUUUAAGUAAAAUGCAGCAGGUGUCAAAACCAUCUUCAUCAUCUUCAAUCAUUAAUAAACCUGAAAAUAAGCUGGAGCCGGAACCAAUUAAGAAAGCAGUUGAACUAACACCAACUCUGGAAGAUAACCCUCUAGUGAAUAAGUACUCUAAAGCACAUGGUUUUAAGGUACAUACUUUCAAAGGCUUGAAUUGGUGUGAACUUUGUGCAAAUUUUCUUUGGGGAUUUACUGCGCAAGGUGUUAAGUGUGAAGAUUGUGGCUUCAUAGCCCACUCAAAGUGUUCAGAAAGAGUGCCAAACCACUGUGUACCAGAUCUGAAGAAGCUACGUGGAGUGUUCGGCAUUGAUUUGACAACUUUACUAAAUGCCCAUUCAAGCACUUUGCCUUUUGUAGUGAGGAAAUGUGUAAAUGAAAUCGAGGCGAGAGGAAUGGAUUCUGAAGGCAUUUACCGAGUUUCCGGGUUCGCUGAUGAGAUUGAAGCUUUAAAAUUGGCUUUUGAUAGAGACGGCGAAGCAGCAGAUCUGAGUGCGUACAGCAACAUAAAUGUAAUAGCGGGUACUCUCAAACUAUAUUUACGGUUGCUGCCUGUACCGCUCAUCACUUACGAGGUUCAUCCCAAACUUGUCGCCGCCAUACAAAAUAAAACUACAGUAUUGCAAGUGGCUAUGUUGCGCGAAUGCUUGGAUCUCCUCCCUCCCGCACAUUUCAACUGCCUUCAAUACAUGGUGCAACAUUUACAUAGAGUAUCCCAAUAUGCCGACGUAAACAAAAUGAGUCCCCACAACUUGAGUACUGUGUUUGCACCAACGCUAGUCGCGACUCCAGCCGCUAUAACUGACCUUGCGUGCGAAAUUAGAGCACUGCAAACCCUUAUUGAGUGCUGCCCGCAGAUUUACUAUGGGAACAAAUAAAAUUUAGUAUGGGAACAAGGAAGUAUUAUACUCAACUGAGAUUUGAAGAUCUGAUAUACCUCAGCAUCAAAACUAUCUGAACGGCCAAAAUAAUCCAAAAUGGUCAAUCUGGUCACCUUAAAAGAUUAUGUUAAUGAAUUUAUAAUAC